AUGCAGCGUUCACCAGCUUUGAUCAAGAGUUUCAUUUCCAGUAAAAUCCUUCAUUCCCUUCCCAAGAGCCAAACCAGAACACUAUCACGUUCAUGCGACGUGUUCAUAAAUCACCGAGGGAUCGAUACCAAGAGAACCGUUGCCGGGUUGCUCUACAACCACCUUUCCGGGAUGGGGCUUAAGCCUUUCUUGGAUAGCCAAAACAUGAAACCUGGGGACAAGUUGUUUGACAAAAUUGACAAAGCCAUUCUAAAUUCCAAGCUAGGUGUCGCCGUGUUCUCUCCUAGGUAUUGUGAGUCCUACUUUUGUCUCCAUGAGUUGGCUCUCAUCAUGGAAUCCAAGAAAAGGGUUAUACCUAUCUUUUGUGAUGUCAAACCCUCCCAACUUCGGGUUAAGGACUAUGGAAUUUGUCCAGCCAAAGAGCUCCAAAGAUUCACCUGGGCACUUGAGGAAGCUAAAUACACGGUUGGACUUACCUUUGACACGUCAAGAGGGGAUUGGUCAGAAUUCCUAAGAAAUGCUUCGGAUGCAGUCAUGAAGAAUUUGCUCGAGGUAGAAGAUCCUUAA